CCUAAAACACAUAAUAUUAUGUAUUAAUAAUUAAGAAAAUAUUACUUCAUUUCAUUUUUUAUGUGUAUUUAAAGAUUGUUUACAGUAUAUGACAACAUUAGUAUACUGGGUGUUAUUGCUUUAAUGAAGAUGUCGAAUAAAAUUGUUUUUUGUGUAUGUUUUAAGUCUGUGUGGUGUAAUUGAUUGUAUACCUACUGAUAAUUUGUUUUACUAUUAUACUAUCAUAAAAAAUUUUAAUCCAGACAAAAACUCUAGGGUUACUUUUAAAUUACAAUGACUGAAUUUAUUAAGGCGUCAUCAGAAUCAGCUGAUGGGCUUGAAGAUAUUCCUAGCGAUUUUUUUGAUGAUUUUAGCAAAGAAGAGUUCAUGGAAGGUCUCUCUGUGAUCGAUAGUUGGAACGAUGACUGCAACAAUAGAAAUGAAGAUGAGCCAAUUGAAAACGAAAAACGAAGUCAUGACAAAAUAGAACAAACUUACACUAAGAGAAAGGAGUCCACAUCCAUAGAUGAAUCAAAAAGGUCUACUAGUAAAGUUUCAGUGUCAAAGAUCAAUUCCAAGUCUCCGCUUGACAGCUACAUAAAGCCAGGUAGCCGUCGUGAUCCCGCCAAAACAAAUGCAGCCAUAUUACGAGAUAAAGAAGUCAAAGUCAAGAAACAUCUUGCUAAACACCUGGAGGCCAUUGCAGUAGCUGACCUAUGCCCUCCAGGGACUGAACUUGAUGAUCUUUAUCAAGACGAAAACAUUAUGGAGAAAAAAAAGUCUCCUGCUAUUGUAGAAGAAAAUCUACGACGAAAAUCAAACCCUAAAGAAAAGUAUCGCUUGGAGUCAGUAAAGCGGCGUAGUCCACGACAUCGGUGGUCACCCUAUAAAAGCCCCUAUAGAAGUCUCCAACAAUCAUAUUAUAGUAAUCGAAGCCCACACCGUGAUUUCCGUCAUUCUUGGCGAACUACUCCUCGUAGACACUACCGAAGGCCUAGUCCACAAAGACGUAGCCCUCAUCACCAACCACGAUGGUUACAUCGGUCUCGGUCCCCCAUUUGGCGCCAUUCUUACAGAUCACGUUCGAAAUCUAGAGAACGUAGUUUUAUCAACACUAAAAGAUUUUCUUCUAACUUUCCAUAUGAACCAUACCCUAGCUCUGGCUACGGUGUUCCACAACCAAAUAAUUUUGUUCCAAUACCAAAUGACUAUGGGCAAGCGAUGGCAUAUACAGAUUACAGUGGCUUUAGUGGUUAUACACCUGCACCUCUGGAACCAUCGGGACCGGUAUCUAUUCCUACCUCUGAACCCCUUCAAAUACUAACUCCACCAACUAGUCUUUCAACACAAAUAAAUGAAACGCAGACACCAUAUGAUGCUUUGGAAAAAUUAGUCGCAGAAGGAAAAAUCUCUAAAGAGGAUUACCUAAAACUUACGCCAAACAAAGGUGCAUCUGCUGUGAUUGAGACGAAGACUAAGCUUGAAGUUUUGAAUGAUUGCAAUCAGGCUGUCAACAAAUUGCUAAAAUUGCUAUUGCCAAAACACAUGAUAAUAUCUAGUAGUCGUUCACGAAAAUUGGAAUACUUAGAGCAAAGGUACUCUUCACCGUUGAAGAGACAACAACACGUGGAAUUCCUAUUUACAAAAAGCUUUGAUUCAAGAGAUAGUGCCCAACACAACAAGCGAGUUUUAGACAGUAUCAUCUCAACUUUGGACCUUGAGAAAUCAGUGUUGCGACCCUUAGAGAAGAAGAAGAGAAUUUCAAAUAUGAAAGAAGUGGCUGUACAAACAACGACAACUUAUUGUGACGUUUGUGCUAUUCGUGAAUCAACAAAAUAUCAGGAUACGGCAACUUCAAUGGAUCUCGAAGAAAAAAAGAUGUUCUGUUCCACUGUGCACACGCAGGUUGUGGAACAGGAUUUACUUAGUUCUAAGACAGUUUUUAACCCUAGUGGAAGUUCUGGUGGCAAUUCCAAUAUUUCCAUCGCACAUCUGACCCCAGCGCAGUUAGUGUCGCAGUUGGCUGCCCGAGCGAAGACAUUCAAGCAACACAAGCCUCCGCAGUCUCCUUACAACCAGCAGGCAGCGUGGCGGAACUCCCCGAGCUACGAUGAAAUGCAUCAACGUAAUAAGAAUAACAAUUACCAAUACCAUUAUUAGUCACAAAUGUUGUAGCUUAUAGGUAUUUAAGCAAUUUUAUUAAGUCCAUUUUACGCAACCUUGGUAUGGUCAUAUUAUUAUAUUUCAUGUUUUGUUUUGUGUCAAUUACCUAUGUACUUUAAUUUAAACUUUAGAAUAUAGUUAAUUCUAAUAUCUUAAUUGUGUAAUGAUUACGUACGUUUGAAAUGGAAUGAGCGUUAAAUAUAAAUUUACCGUGUAGAACAGUUUGGAGAAAACCUUUUUAUUAUUAAAUUACUAUUGCAUAGUAGAAUUGGAAUAAAAUUUACGGGAAAAGUGUCUUUUUUUUGUUUCCUUUUUUCCUAUUGGUAUUUUCUAUGGACAGACG